AUGUCUAGCUCUCAUAUGCAAGCUGUCAUCGUUAGGAGGAGCACUCUUAUGAGCCUCUCUAACGAGAUUCUUUGCAUGAUUGCAGAAGAGCUCAACACAAUUGACCUUGCCCGGAUUGUUCGCUGCAACAAACGUCUCAAUACAGUAAUAACUCGGUUUCUAUAUCGCUACAGGGUCAAGCCGUACCUUUGGCUGAGGCUCACCUACAUCAAGCCUGGUCACUACGCAUACAAUACUCCAGUCUCAUCUUGGCCUACCGCGCGUUUGACUCGCACAUACCUUACCCAAACACCACUCGAGUGGGCUGCUUUGACCAACCAAGUCAACACCAUCAAGCGCAUGAUUGGGUAUAACCCAGACCCGCGCGUCUUUAAGGAACUGCAGGCCGGAAGCGCUAUGGAACUGGCAGCUAUGGUUGGCAAUGCUCCUGCACUUAAGGCUAUCCUAGAUACUCGCACUGGAACGUGGCCCAGACGCAAAUGGGGUUGCUAUCCUAUGCAUCAGGCGGCGUUCAACGGUUAUAUCGAUGCUAUCCAGGUUUUGAUCGAUGCUCGCUGUCCCAUUGAUAAGAGAGAUGACAGCAAAAUGACAGCUCUUGCUGUUGCUACAGUGUGUCAGAAAGUUGCUGCGGCAGAAUUUCUUUUGGCAAAUGGCGCCCGCCGAAGUAAACUUAGCCAGGACAACCAAAUUUGUUUGCAUGUUCUGCUUGGGGAGCCAAUACCCAGUGGAUAUAGCAGCAACAACAACAACAACAGUGAUUAA